GGUACACAUGAACCCGGAAACUUGUGCAUGGUGACUCACUGUUGUGUUUUCUGGACAGUCGUGCAAGCUGCCAAGAUAUUGCCGGUGCAGAACGCUAGUGCCAGCUAGUCUGAUCGCGUGCUAUCUUAUUCCUGUGGAUCACAUAAUUAUUUUGCUAAGAAAUGGAAGAGGGAACAGGAGGGUGCAAGUACCUACUUUUGGAUCUACCAUGGGAGGAUGUGUUAGUCACCCACAUAUUCUGCUACCUUCCGAUACGGCAACUGAUUAGCCUACAGAGAGUGAGCAGGCAGUUCCAUGCACUCAUCCAGGUCUACCUGGCUAACUGUCGUACGUUUGACUUCACUCAGAUUGGCCAGAGCAUACCCAAAGAGGCCUUCUGCUCCAUGCUGCGAGACAACAAAGUUCUCCAGAACGUGGCGCUCCAGAACUGCUCCGAUUGGCUGACGGACAAAGAGCUGCUGCCUGUGAUUGGGCAGAACCAGCACCUGCUGCGGAUCAACAUGAGGGGCUGCGUGUGCCUGAGCCGGCACUCCCUGGUGGCGGUGUCGCUGAGCUGCUCGCACCUCAGGCACCUGGGCCUGGCUCACUGCGAGUGGGUGGACAGCCUGUCCCUGCGCAGCCUGGCCGACCACUGCAGGGGGCUGCAGUCCAUCGACCUCACCGCCUGCCGGCAGCUCAAGGACGAGGCCAUCUGCUACCUGGCCAAGAAGUGUCUCCAGCUUAGGUCGCUGUCGGUGGCGGUCAACGCCAACAUCACCGACACGUCCGUGGAGGAGGUGGCCAAGAACUGCCGAGAGCUGGAGCAGCUGGACCUCACGGGCUGCCUGCGUGUUCGCAACGAGUCCAUCAGGACCGUGGCAGAGUACUGUCCCAAACUGCAGUCCCUGAAGGUCAACCACUGCCACAACGUGACCGAGUCCAGCCUGGGCAUCCUGCGCAAGAGGAACGUGGAGAUCGACGUGGAGCCGCCCCUGCAGAGGGCGCUAGUUCUCCUGCAGGACGUGGUCGGCUUCGCCCCCUUCAUCAACCUCCAGAUCUAGCCAGAGGUCCACGGAACCUGUGCACCUCCAAAACCCAUCCACACCGAACAGGUUUUCUCCUACGCUACAGAUGGUACUGCUUCAAACACAUCCCGGGUGCUGGCACAUCAAGAGGAAUGCAAUAAUAAGGAAAUACACGUGACUGCAGGAAACGCUCUGUGAAAUGUGUCGAUUAUUUAUUCUUAGUAGUUGAAAUGCUGCAUUAGAUCAAUCAUGUGGGUAAUGUUCGCUGAUACACAUUAUGUAUUUUUGGACUUGUAUAAGACUGCAAGAGAGAGGCACUUUCCCAGAAUAGCUCUAAUGUGAGUUUGCAUAUUACAAUUCCGAAAAUAGUUUCACAACUUUUCACACAACCUAUAAUCUACGAUUUGUAAUUGGAAUGUAAACUUAAAAAAAAAAAAGAGCCAAAUGUAACCAAAGUACAGUCCGUUUGUUUUGUAUUGUAAUAAAGAAGCAUGGCGUAGUGCUAGUUUGCUUAAGUGUAUUCUGUAGCACAAUAGCAUUGAAAGCAAUCUUUUGUCUGUAAAUUGAGGCAUCUUAAAACAUGCUUACUUAAAAGUGCCCCAGGGGUGUUGUAUUGAGAGUGAAACGUAACCUAACCAUGGGCAGCUUGACCGACCUUUCAGGUGAAGGUCAAGAGGUAUAUUUGAACAAUGUGUAAAGCCAGACAGGUGUAUUGUAUAUCAUUUUUUAAGUGCAGUGUUUUUUGUUUCGUUUGAAAGCAUCCCCUCUAAAAUUUUAAAAGAUUGUUUCUAAAAGGAACACCAAUAUAAACCUCAAGAGGACUGAUGCCAGUUUAAUAUUUCUUUACAUCCUGUGGUCCUCUUUACAACUGAAAGCACCACCAUAGUCAUUUCACAAUUGAUAGCGGUUAGGUUACUUCGUAAAGGUGCUGCAGCACAGUUUUUUUUCCUUUUGGAAGAAUUUGAAACUUGAAUUUUAACCUGUUGGUCCUACAUAAAAAUAAAUUGGUGUGUUUAUAUGACAACUAUAUUUAGGAAUAGUUUUUAAAAAGUCAGAGUGGGGGUUGACACUGCAGUACUAUGAAGUGGUACAAAAUGGCCUGUACAAACAUUUCUUUAUUUAGCUCAUUACUAGCAAAUUAUUCAACAAUAUUGUUUUAUUUUAUUUAAGGAGGUCCAUGUUUUCCGUGUACACGUUCACUGUUUCAUACUUCAGAGGAAAUGUCUUAGUUGAAAUACAUGCUUGAAAAAAAUUGUAAAUACUAUAACAUGCAUUCUAUGAAUUGUCUUUUUUAUUGAUACAGUUUAAUUACAGUACAGUAAUUUAAACCAUGACAUUGUUUGCUGUUUCUGGAUUUCAGGAUUGGAUGAAUGAGAGCAAAUGUAACCACAUAUGUAAUUAAUCAUAUGCGAUGGGCUGUAUGAGGGAUUAUAAACUUGUUUCUGACCUCGGUA